AUGAAAAGGUUAUCUUCAUAAAAUAAACCUACUCGUUCAUAAUAAGUGAUUUCAAAUGGUAUAUAUUUUGGAUAAUUUUAAAAUCCAUAACCUCUUUUAACUGCAACCUCAAUUACCUAAUUAAGAACAACUUAGGAUUUAAGGAUUAGAAAUUAUAUACCAAAAAAGAGAUUAUAAUCACCAAAAAUUUUAUCUCCAAGACAAUAAAAUAUAAAACCUAUGAAAAGUUUUUUCUAAGUUAAACCUUCUCCUAAAGCAUCUUUUAAACCACCAACAAUAAUAGUAACACAACCAACAAAUAGAUCAACAGUAAUUAGAAUAAGAAGUCCCAUUAAAAGAAAUCAAUAAGCUAUAAUUAGUUAAGAAAUGGAUAAUAAGUCAAUAGAAUUUUUAUAAGAAUUAGCUAAUAGUUAAUUAAAUAGAACAUCUAGAAAAAAAAGAAGACCAUAAACUGCUGGUGGAUUCACGAUACCAACAUAACAUUUUUCAAAUAACAUUGAAAAUUAUCUAAUAUAAGAAUAGAUUGGAUAAGGUAGUUAUGGAAUAGUAAAAGUUGGAUUAAAUUUAUUAAAUGGAUAGUAGGUAGCAAUAAAGAUUUACGAAAGGAUGAAGAUUAUUUAAAAAAAAGAAUAUAUAAGAAAAGAAAUCUAGAUAUUGUCUUCUUUAUAACAUCCAAAUAUUGUAUAAUUACUUGAUGUUAUUUACACUGAUGUAUAUCUUUUAAUAUUCAGACGCAAGUGCAAUUAGUUAUGGAAUAUGCCGGUCCAUUAUCAUUAAGAUAAUAUCUUAAGUAAUAACCAAAUAAAUUAAUUCCUGAGAAUGAGGCAAAGAACAUUUUUCUUUAAGUUGUCAAAGCUAUUGACUAUUGUCAUUCUAAAAAUAUUGUAAUUUUUUUUAUUUAUAAAUUUAAAAGAUCCAUCGUGACAUAAAAUUAGAAAAUAUUUUAAUAAGAGAUAACAAAAUUAAAUUGAUUGACUUUGGUUUUAGUUCAUUUAUUGAACAUAAAACUAUUUCUUAUUGUGGAACACCUUCGUAAUCACUUUUAUAAAAUUUAAUAGAUAUAUGGCACCAGAAAUAAUUCUAAAAAUUGAUUAUGGAAAACCAGCUGAUAUUUGGUCAUUAGGAAUAUUACUUUAUGUUAUGUUACAUGGAAAGUUUCCUUUUUAAGGGAAAGAACAAAAAGAAUUAUUUACUAAAAUAAAAACAGGUAUCUUUUCAUCUAAUGGAAUAUCUUAACAAGCAUAAAGACUAAUUAAUAAUAUGUUGAGAGUUAGAUCUUAUGAGAGAUGUAAUACAAAGGAAGUAUGGAUAUAAUCUAUAACAUUAGAUAAUCAAAGAUUAAUGGUUUCAAUAAUGA